CCCUCCGGCACCUCUUCCGUCGGCUGAAUUGCGGCGGUAUGCGCGGCUCUGUGGAGCACAGCUGGGGUUGGGGGCACUGUGCCCCCAGCCCCCUGCUCCUUUUGACUCUGCUUCUGUUUGCAGCCCCAUUUGGCCUGCUGGGGGAGAAGACCCGCCAGGUGUCUCUGGAGGUCAUCCCUAACUGGCUGGGUCCCGUGCAGAACCUGCUUCAUAUCCGGGCAGUGGGCACCAAUUCCACACUGCACUAUAUGUGGAGCAGCUUGGGGCCUCUGGCAGUGGUGCUGGUGGCCACCAACACCCCCCACAGCACCCUGAGCGUCAACUGGAGCCGCCUGCUAUCCCCUGAGCCCGAUGGGGGCCUGAUGGUGCUCCCCAAGGACAGCAUUCAGUUUUCUUCUGCCCUUGUUUUUACCAGGCUGCUUGAGUUUGACAGCACCAACGUGUCUGAUACGGCAGCAAAGCCUCCAGGAACACCAUAUCCUCCAUACUCGUUGGCUGAUUUCUCUUGGAACAACAUCACUGAUUCAUUGGAUCCUGCCACCCUGAGUGCCACAUUUCAAGGCCACCCCAUGAACGACCCUACCAGGACUUUUGCCAGUGGCAGCCUGGCCUUCAGGGUCCAGGCCUUUUCCAGGUCCAGCCGACCAGCCCAACCCCCUCGCCUCCUGCACACAGCGGACACCUGUCAGCUAGAGGUGGCCCUGGUUGGAGCCUCUCCCCGAGGAAACCGUUCCCUGUUUGGGCUGGAGGUAGCCACACUGGGCCAGGGCCCUGACUGCCCCUCAAUGCAGGAGCAGCACUCCAUCGACGAUGAAUAUGCACCUGCCGUCUUCCAGUUGGACCAGCUGCUGUGGGGCUCCCUCCCAUCAGGCUUCGCACAGUGGCGACCAGUGGCUUACUCCCAGAAGCCGGGGGGCCGAGAAUCAGCCCUGCCUUGCCAAGCUUCCCCUCUUCAUCCUGCCUUGGCAUACCCUCUUCCCCAGUCGCCCAUUGUCCGAGCCUUCUUUGGGUCCCAGAGUAACUUCUGUGCCUUCAAUCUGACGUUCGGGGCUUCCACAGGCCCUGGCUACUGGGACCAACACUACUUCAGCUGGUCGAUGCUCCUGGGUGUGGGCUUCCCGCCAGUGGAUGGCUUGUCCCCACUAGUCCUGGGCAUCAUGGCGGUGGCCCUGGGUGCCCCAGGACUCAUGCUGCUAGUGGGAGGCUUGGUUCUGCUGCUGUACCACAAGAAGUACUCAGAGUACCAGUCCAUAAAUUAAGGCCCGCUCUCUGGAGGGAAGGACAUUACUGGACCUGUCUUGUUGUGACUCAAAACUCUGGAGGUUGGAGUAUCAAGUUCCAGUCGGCCCCUUCAUUCCCCCAUCUUGCUUUUCUGUGGAACCUCAGAGGCCAGCCUCAACUUCCUAGAGACCCCCAGGUGGGGCUUCCUUCAUACCUUGCAUGGGGAACUUUGGAGGGGGAUGGAGGACAGGGCUAUUGAUAAGGUCCCCUUGGUGUUGCCUUCUUGCAUCUCCACACAUUUCCCUUGGAUGGGACUUGCAGGCCUAAAUGAGAGGCAUUCUGACUGGUUGGCUGCCCUGGAAGGCAAGAAAAUAGAUAUUUUUUUUUUCACAGGG